CCACCUACCGCCCAGGCACCUAGGAUAUUUGCCUCGCAAGGUGUACCUGGGCAAACUGGCAGGCUGGGUACCCACCACACGGGCGCGAAGGAAGAUUUGAGGCUGGUCCCGCCGGAUGCCCCAGGCCGGCGGCUGCUGUUGGCUGAAGGGGUCAAGUGCGGUGCACGCGGGUAUAGCGAUGUGCGCAUCAUCCAGAGCCGCGAACACGAGUGGGCAGGCGGCCGACGACAUGACAUGCGACCGACUAUGACUGACUGCUACAUACAUAUAAGACUCAGCGAGCUGAAGACGGCGUUUAUGAUGAGCGCGCGUUGCGGCAACCCAUAG